AUGGAUUCUGUGACAAAUUUCUUUUGGAAUGAAGAGACCCAGAGCAAUGAUCCCAAGACAAUGGUGACCCCAGUUAAUGGCCAAGAUAAUACAUUUAAACAAAGAAACGUAGCCAGUUCAGACAACACACCAUUGAAGAAGCAAACUACUAGAAAUUCCGAAGAGUCUAAGGAUGGUAAUAGUAAAAAUAAUAAAGAUAGAAAUAAAUCGGUCGUAGAGGGAACUAAAGAUGGUUCGACAAGUUUACAACAAAUGAUGGCAGAUACUUUAGUCGAGAAGGUUAUAAAGAUGGCAUUACCACCUACCUCAGAUUAUUCAAGGAUCAAUAUUGAACAGCGUACAGUCUUUAGCAAGACGAGGCCCAGUAUGUCUGUCCAAAUAAUGAGUAAUAAUUUCAUACUAAUGAAUUCUAGACUUAGUAUUCCUUUCAUUAUGAUAAAUGAAAUUAUCCGUUUAAUGAGUUGGGAAAAUGUACCCUUUACUUUGUGUAUACUAAUGGUACUAACAUUUGCUAUUUUGAAACCACUUGUAGCAGCAACUUCAGGACCUUUGUUUUAUAUUUUAUUUGGUAUUAUGGUCCCUAAAUACAUGUAUGUGCAUAAACCUAAUAAAAUCAAAAAUUUGAAAAAUAAUAAUACACCAGCUCAAGGUCCAGCAUUAAGGAAACCUGUUAUUCCUGAACCUGUGCCAGAAUUAAGUCAAGAGUUUGUAUUAAACCUGACAGAUCUACAGAAUCAUAUGCUACUGUAUGUAUGGCUCUAUGAUAAUAUUAAUUCCUGUUUAUCGAGUUUUGCUUAUUUUACCAAUGAACAAAUCUCAUGUUUAGUUUUUGUUGUACUUUUAUUCAUUGCAAUAAUAAAUCUUUUAUUUAUUGAGAACAUUGCAAAUUGGGUACCCAUUAAAUUUAUUUUAGUGUUAUUACUAUGGGGAUUUAUCGUUGCAAUGCAUCCGAUUAAUAGAGAGCUGAUAUUGAAGCAAAUAAACUCAGAAGAGACACGACUUAAAACUCUAUCCUUUAUAACGUCUUAUGAAACAUUAAUAAAUCAACAUUUAAGGUAUGUUGAGGCAAAAGAAAAUAAACUUGUUAAAGUAUAUGAAAUACAGAAAUAUAGAGAGACCUAUAAAGAAUGGAGAACCAUUGGAUUUUCAAAUGAUGAUUAUUGUUUAUUUUCUGACUUACGUAUUAAGGAAUUAAGCAUUUCAGAUUAUUGUUCAAAAUUAUUAGAUGAUGUGUUACCUCCAACCGAUUGGGAAUGGAUUCCAGGAUCAUCAUGGGUAUUGGAUUUAAAUCCUCAUGAAUGGGUCGAAGAUAAUUUUAUUCAGAAUGUAGAGAUUGAUUCCGAGACUAAAUGGGUAUAUGAUGUAGACUUCGAUGGGUUCCGUGGGAAGUAUAGACGUAGGAUGUGGACAAAUAUGGUCACAAGGACUAUUGAGACCAAAGAUAAUUGUGUUAAUAAUAUAGAAAAGGAUGAUGGGGAACAAGUCAUAGAGGAAGUUGUUAACCCAUUGAGAGAUGUGAUAUCAAAUCGUGAGUCAAGUUUCCAUGGUGUUACUAGAGGCUCUUUGGCUGGUGCACAUAACAGUAGUAUGAUAUCUGAAGGUAACAAGAUGAAUGACUCACUUCUUAUGGAAGGGGAUGAAACUGUAGACAGUAGUUUGACAAAUGAUGGAUCCUUUAAUGGUAUUAAUGAUAUGACUGAUUUCCUCAAUACAGCUGUUUGA